AUGACCUUUAUGGUCGAGCGCGCGGCCAUGAGAACUCCUGAAGUGGAUACUAGAGACGCGGCUGUAGGCGUCAAACAAAUCAGCCUCGAGACUCUACUGGAGUCGCGUUUGUGUGUGUCGUGGCAACAGGUCGUCCGACCGGUCGGCCAACCAGUCGACCAACCAGUCGAGCAGACAGUCUCCCUCCCUCGAUCUCCGUCCUCACUCCUCCACCCCUCCCCUCCCUCGAUUUCCCCGUCGGCCAGCCACUAG